AUGGGCUUAAUUAAAGGUCAAUUUGAAGGGUUUAAAUCGUUAUCGCGAGGUAGAGUGCAUAGUGGUGGCGCGGCGAUAAGCGCAGGCCGGGCGAGGCGUAAGGCGGCUCGCAGCCGCAGUUGUACUCGGAAGGCCCGCGCGGGUGCACGCGUCGCGGCUCGAGCCGCCCGCCGCCUCCGCGACAUCCCCGGCCAUAUUCCAACCCCAGAUUGCCAAUAUUACGGA